AUGGCUGACAUUCCUCUUCCUGAAUGCCUUCCAAAGCCAGAAGAACCGACAGCCCCAGCACCACAACAGACUAAGACAAACACUUACAUUUUUCAAGCUUGUCUUGAAACAAUUUGA